ACCUCCAUUAAACUCCUUUAAAGAACUUUAUAGUAAACAAAAAUGUGACAAAAACUCUCCCUGAUGCACGCUCACAGCAGAUAUUAGUAAACAAGUGAGGAGUGGGCGUCUCCUCGGCGACCAGAUGAGCAGUUUCAGUGUGACCGGGAGCGACUUAAGGCCACGAAAAUUGCUCCCCACGGCAGCCCGGCGCGUGCCUACAUCGCCUACCACAAGCUCGGAGCCGGCAUGGAGGCUCAAACCGAAACGCCGCCACAGGAAUGUGAAUGUGGCGUUCACCCCUCCGUCUUCUAUCUGCUGGCGACCUUGCUGCUCACCAGUUGUUCAACGGCGAUGCUUUGCGCAGCGAUCAUGACAGAGCACUGGGAGCAUGUUGGUUGGGAACGCACUGCUCUUACUGCACUCGCCAACGCAUCGAGCACCGCUGUGCAGUGGCUGCUUGACGACAAAGUCGCUAAGAUCGAACAUCCGGGCUCUAGAAAAGGCGGAGGAACAUUUUUAGUGCCGAUGAAUGGCGGUAUUUGGACCAUGUGCGUGUCUCUAAAAGAGGAAGAAGUAUCCAUAUUAUCCCGAGCGGGAUUUCCCACCCAGCCGCUGUGCACAAACUACCUCGCAAACACCGAUGACGACGACGACGAACCCCGGGCUGAUUGGCAACAUCGCAUGCAGAACCUGUCAAUAUCAUGCGCGCUAGUGUGCCUCAUCGUGCUGGGUAGCGCGGCACUUGUCGGCACUUUCGGCGUUUGCAAGCACCAGAUAAGCGCCGUGCUUAUCACUGGAGUGAUGUAUUUGUUGGCUGGGCUCUUCGCAAUGUUCACGCUAAUGAUAAUCUACUUCAAAAGAAUUCAACGCGUUUCCACACGAGGCAGUUCUCACGUGGACGACACUGCAGACGGAGUGGUCGGUCCCCGCGCCCCUGCACUAGCCCUCCUCUCCGCGCGAGAGUUCUCAACUUCGUGGUCAUUGGAACUUGGCUGGGGCGGUGUAGCCUUAGUUACUACAACGUCUAUCCUAUGGAUAUUGCUCUCAAAAAUAAUGAGAUACAAUCCGUUAUCUGCUAUGCUGUUAUAAAUUUUUAAUAGAUUUUUUAGUAUUACCGAUUUUUCUGAAUAUUCCCUUAAAAAGUGCUAUCUGGUUCAAACGAGAAUACUUCAUAUUGUCGAGUACUUUGAUUUUCGCAAUUGCUACACGUUGGAAAUGAUUUUUCCAGAUUUUCCUAAAUCUAAAUCUAAAUCUAAAAGGUGUAUAUUUGUUUUUUCAAACAAACCAAUGGUCACGGGACCUGUAAAGAACUCGAAAAAAAAAAUCCGCAGUUUAGAUCCGGAAAAAAAUUUAAUUUUCAAUUGUACUUGUUGUGUUGUUGUUGUGUAAUUGAAUCGUCGAUGAAAUAUGUUUUGAACGAACAGUAUUAUAAGCUCGAAUAAACGACAUCUUAAUAAGAUUCGUUAAUUCAGAAAAAGAAAAAUAUUUACUUAAUAAAGA